AUGGUGAUACUGCUGGAAUGGCAGCGGGCAGCAGCAGCAGCAGCGGCGGACCUUGGAAGGAGCGGCGCCGUAGCAAUGCCUGGUGAAGACGCCGGUUCGGGGGCUCUUGCCUCCCCACCGGUGGGGUAUUUGGGAAAAGUCCAGGAGAGGGCAGCGUCUCUAGAUCAAUGCCCGUGGUGCGCGUCCAAAGGUCGCCGCUCUUCCCUGCGCCUGUACCGCCUCAACCUGCACGAAUCAAUCCCGCUGUGCGUUGAGCCUCAGUGCCUCUUUCCUCUGGUCGGCCGUCCUCUGGAGGAUGUUUUGUCGAGUUUGAUCCCGUCGGACACGACAGCCGGCAACAGGAAGAGAAAGACUUUGUCAAACAAAGACGACUGCGAGGAAGUCAAAGCCAAGCGUCUGCGCUCCCGCCAGUCAUAUGCACGAAGCUCGCUUCAAAAUGGCCACUGUAGCGAGCUGUCAUCCCCCCAAGGCUGCCUUCCUUAUCAGGCACCCGCCUCUGGAUGUGAAUACCGGCCGCCAGAGGACGAGCCUUCUUCUUCGUUGAACUUGACGCCACCGACAGAUGAGGACAAUGGCGACUUGGAAUCGUCCGACCGGGCUCCCGAGGGACCGGCUGACGCUCCCAAAGAAUCAGUUGCCUCUCCAGGGGAACCUGUCGACGCCCGCGUGGAAGCCGUCAGCUCUCCCGGAGGAUGUGUCGACAUGACGGCGGAAACUGGCGAGGAAUCCGUCGACGAACUUGUCGGUGCGGCGGGGAAGCCCCAAAGCGGCACGCCGGGGCAUCUCUUCUGGAAGAAUGCUCACAACCUGUGCUGGCUGGACGUCCUGCUUGUGGUACUGGUCAACUGCCAGAGCCUGAGGAGGCGCAAAGCCCAGCACGAGCCUCAGCGUGCCGCCAUCUGGCGCCUCAUGAACGGCUAUGACGGCGCGUGGCGCGCCCUCCAAGCGGAAAGCGAUGGUGAAGCGAGAGCGCGGUGCCGUGCCGACGAGCGUCUGCAGAGCCUCAGGGCGGCUGUCUUUGAGUCGUUGCAGCCGCGCCUGCACUGCCAACUCGGCCAGGAGGAAAGUCCCGUGUUCGCUCUGCCCCUCCUGCUGGCGGCCGACUCGUGGGCGGAGCCUCUCUUUCGGACCACCUUUCGCUGGGAGUUUGAGUGCGCAGAGUGCAAGACGGUUACUAGGGAAAGAGUCACCAAAACGCUCACCACGUUCACCGAGUUGGUGCCGGAUUGGCACCCGUUGCGCGCCACCCACUUGGGGCCGUGCAACGCCUGCGGCGCCCGCCAUCAGCGCAGGACCAUGAAGCUGGAACGGGUGGCUGCAGUGUUGGCGCUGCACUUUGUGGAGGGCGUGCCGCACAGCGACGUGGACGCGCUCACCUUUAACCUGGAGGGCCGCACGCACACCGUCACGGCGCUCAUCCAGUAUGAUCAGCGGGCCGAGCAUUUUGUGGCCUGGACGCGCACACCCGACGGCUCCUGGCUCGAGUUUGAUGACUUGAAGCACCCGCAGAGCGUGCUCCAUGCCAAGCUGCCCGUUCCCGCUCAAGAAAUGCACAUUCUCUUUUGGGAAGCGGAGGACGAUUCUGCCGGCUCGGAAGCGUGCUCGCCGUCCAGUACGCGGCCGGAUUCCCCGCCUUCCCAAAGCCUAGUCCUGGACCAGAACGCCUCGAUGUUGGGGGAUUGCGGCGACGUGUCCAUCGGCUCCGCCACGCUGCUAAGUGCCUUCAACGGGCUGUCCCACGAUGACAUCGUCACGCUCACCCUGACAGAGGUCGGAGCCGACACGCUGACGGAUCACCAAGCACUUCUGGACUGCAUGCCGGAUAGCUCCGAAGACCCUCCGCAAUUGAUCCAGUCUAGCGACCCCACAGACAAAGAUCCCGACUAUGACCCCGCUUUGAAAGAAGCUCCGAGGAGAAGCAGCAGGAUCUCCAAAGUCAAACCUAAACGCGACAAAAAGAAGGCUAAGACCAACACGGCGCCACCACAGGAAGCAAACGAUCGAGAUAGCUGCCCAGCUCAAGAUGGCACGCUGAUCCAAGCCAGCCGCGCACCCGCUGAAGCCUCCGACCCGCCGCAUCAAAUCGUCCAGAGGGCCUCGCCCGAAUCCUCCACUGGGCCACGGUCACCACCUUUGAACUACAACUCCCGCUGGUCCUUCCUGAUCAGCCAACAUCUUGCCAAUCAGAAGCCAAGCACCAGCAAGCCCCCUCCUGCACCUGUCCCUCGUGUGAAAUCCCUUCCCAGUCAUUCCACACCCACUCCCGCCAGGAGGCCGCCCGCUCCCAAACCUCAGCCGCUACGUACAGAGGACAGCGACGGGCAUCCCCUGAAGGCCGCCGAGACGUUUGGCGCGUUCGGUGCCGCCGUCCGAUCCCCGCCGCCAUCGUCUCCAAAGAAGAGUUGGCAUAGUCAAAGCCAGACUCUGGCCCCUCGUCCGCUCGCCAUCCUUAGCGACACGGAAGCGCUGCGGUACAAGCUGCUGAAGAAGCUGAAGGCCAAGAAGAAGAAACUGGCCAAGCUCAAUCAGCUGCUGGCGCACGCGCCCGACAGCGCGGCGCCUUUUAGCAUCAGCUCGUCCGCCACGCGCACCACCGCCUUGCCGGCCGACCUGCCGCUUCCCUCGCCUGACAGUUCGGGCUUUCUGGACGUGCUGGCCUGCUGCCAAGAUGGGACUCCCAAUACCCCACAGCCGCCGGUGCAAGCUGAAAAUUUCCUGGACGAGCUGCUGGCGAUGACGCCGGUGGCGACGGAGGCUCAGCAAGCGAUGGAGGAUGAGACCCUCAGAGAACUGGAACUUUUACUCUCAUAGGAUAGGAACACCCGAAAAUGCUCUGGAUCCUUUCUAGUUCAUAGAAACUAAGGAAUACAAUUAUUUAGGCUACUCGUUUGCUAUACAUUGUGCUACUUUGUACGACCACUUGGGGGCAGUAUAAGGCAGGUUUAUGAUGGUGUAAGCCACGGGUAUUAGUCAUUAUUUGUAGAGGAUAACAAAUAUUCAUUCAUGUGUGUCGCUCCAGCAUUUGACAUUUUAUUCAUAUUCUGCCAAAAUAGCUUGCGGCUGGUUAGUGUAUUAAAUGUUAAUUUAUUUUGUGAAGCACUUCCGAGUAUUUCUUUCAUAGGUGAGGAAAUUAUGAUUGCAAUUUGAAAUGGUUAAUUCGUGUCUAUAAAAGCAGCUCUAUCCUGAUGUAAUUUGGCUGAAUAAAGUACACGAACGUUUA